AUGCCGAGGCCUAUUGAGGCGGACGUGCACAGCGCGUUCAUGGAAUUCCGCAACGCAGGUAUUUUCACCCUCCCCGUUACGCCAUCCUUACCGCCCGCCAUCCUUACCGCGAUCGUUACCAAUCGCGCGUUGUUACAUCUUACAUUUGAUACUAUCGGUGACAACGAAAAGUGCAUGUCAGUUCAGUGCCUCUUCUGUCACCAAGUCCGCGCAAAGAACACCACCAGGCAGAAGCAGCAUCUGGCUCAAUGCACCCAGUACCUCGCCCAGCACCCCGAGGCCGCUGCUGCCAUCAAGUCCUCUCUGGAGCAGCAUGCGCAGAGUCAUGAUGGCUCCACUGCCCACGUCUCGGGCGGCCACGGCGGCGGCGUCGUCUCUCAUGGUCCUGGCAGUCACGGUCACGGUCAUGGUCACGGCCACGGUCAUGGCCACGGUCCCGGCCAGGACACCGGCGGUAACAACGCCAACUUGACAGCCGGUGGCCAAAUGCAGAACCAGCAUCCGGCCGCUACUACUGCCGGCGCGUCCAGUGUCUAUCCCGAGCCCACGUCCCUGGACCCUCACCAGCACACAAACCUGGGCUUCACCCCCAAUGCUCGUAUUAACGGCACGAGCACCCCCCAUGGCACCGGAACCCCUAUUCCUCAGCAUAUCCGUCCCAUGUCUGGUGCAUCGAGUGCUCCUCCCGCCAAACGCCAGAAGACCAAGCAGACCAACCCCAACUUGCCCGAGAUCCCUCUUGCAGAGGUCCAUGCGGCCUUUGUCGAGUUCCAAGCCAAGGAGGGUGACAAGUGCCUGUCCGCCAAAUGCAUCUACUGCAACCAAGUGCGUGCGAAGAACACGUCCCGCCAGCGCGAGCAUCUGCUCCAGUGUCCUGGCUAUCAGGCCACCAUGAAGGAUAGGAUCCCGGCCAACAACCUCCUCCACCACUUCGACGAUGACGAUGUGGCCGCCUCGCUGGCUCUGCCCACUCCCAUUCUCGAGCUUGACUUCCGCAUGAGCAUCCGCGUCAAGCCCAAGAUCAACAUUGGCAGCGGCACCUAUGGCCGUCAGAGCUGGAUCUCUUGCAUCGGUGGCCAAUGGGCUGGUCGCUGGGGCAAGGGCAAUGUCCUGGCCAACGGUCAAGAUACUCAGACCUCUUUUAAGGAAACAGAGACGAAGAUCGAUGCCCGUUACCUGAUCCAGACCAAUGACGACCACCCUGCCCUAAUCAUCUGUAAGGUCGAGGGCUGGUGGGUCGGCGAGAAGGAGAUCAUGGAGCGUCUCCAAGACCCGGUUGCCGCAGACAACGUUGCAGCUAACCGCUACAAGCUGCGUGUCACCCUGAAGCUUGAGACGGGCGAUGAGCGCUACGAGGAGCUCAACAGCGGCGUCUGGGUCGGCAGUGGUUGCCGCCGCGGCGCCGAGAUCGUCUACGACGCCUACCGCGUCAACUGA